AUGUUGAGGCGCCCCAGCAAAUGGGACCAGUCUUCUGCCUCGGUUGGGAUGGGGCAGACCGAGGCUGCCCCCACCGGGGCUCUGGAUGCUGCAGCUGCAGUGGCUGCCAAGAUUAACGCUAUGUUGGUGGCCAAAGGCAAACUCCAUCCCUCACAAAUAAACGCCCCAGGAGGACCACCUCUGGAGAAGACUCCGGUUACCAUUGUGAAAAAACCUUCAGCAACGACAAAACCUAAAGACAACCUGGUGAUAGCUGAAGUUGAGAUCAACGAUGUCCCUUUAAGCUGUCGAAAUCUUCUGACACGUGGGCAAAUACAGGACGAGAUCAGUAAAGUGAGCGAAGCGGCGGUUUCAACUAGAGGGUGUUACAUGACAGCAGAGCAAAAGAGCAAAGCAAAGCAGGGUGAACGACCGCUGUAUUUGCACAUCCAAGGACAGACAAGAGAGCUCGUCGACAAAGCAGUAAAUAAAAUCAAAGAGAUCAUCGCCAACGGUGUUGUGAAGGCUGCAACUGCCUCCAUCUCGUCAUCACCAUCAUCAUCUUCAUUCUCCCCAAGUGGGGCCCCAGUCACAAUCUACAAUCAGCAAAACCCACCUCCAUCCUCGUUACCCCCCGUUGCCAACCAGAAGCCUCACUUUCAGUCAGGGAUGCAUUUUGUUCAGGAUAAGGUUUUUGUGGGCCUGGAGCACAACGUGCCAGGCUUUGUGGUCAAAGAGCGCGUCGAGGGCCCCGGCUGUUCAUAUCUGCAGCACAUUCAGGCUGAAACUGGGGCCAAAGUUUUCCUUCGGGGAAAAGGAUCAGGCUGUUUGGAACCCGCAUCCGGACGAGAGGCCUUUGAACCCAUGUAUAUUUACAUUAGUCAUUCUAAACCAGAUGGACUCGCAGCAGCAAAAACCUUGUGUGAGAAUCUUCUUCAGACGGUUCGAGCUGAGUAUUCUCGCCACCUUAAUCCAAUGGGCUCCGUGAUGCCAGCACAACAAGGCUUCACCCAGCCUCCUGCAGUGAAUGGAGUGCUGACUCCACCUCCUUACUUCUCCCCUGCUGGAUACCAGAAACCAUACUCCAUACUUGUACCACCACCGCCCAAGCCCCUACCGGUCCCACCGCCUUUUCCUGUACCACCCCCUGUACCCAAAGUGGCUCCUGCAGGUGGGCCUUCUCGGUACCCUCCAGGCUCUGCUCCUGUUCCUGCUCCAACUGUGGCCCCUGCCCCAGACACUCUGCAACAGACACUUCCUCCAGUUCCUUUUCCUCCCUCUGCUGCAGCAACAACCAAAGCUCUCCCUCCUGCCGGCCCGGUCAACCCACCACAGAAAAGACGCUUCACAGAGGAGGUACCAGACGAGAGGGACAGCGGCCUGUUUGGUUAUCAGCAUGGACCCAUUCAUAUGACUAAUUUAGGUGCAGGCUUCGCAGUGGGCAGCACAGAGACUACAAGACCCCCACCAUCGAGUUCCCCUGGCCCGGCGAGUGACAGGGACAGUUGGCAGCUGAUGCGUCCGCCUCCGUCCGUCCCUGUUAACGGUGUGAGACCCAGGAUGGAAGAGAGGAGGGCACCGCAAGGCCCUGUGGAGCCGGUUAUGAAAAGACUGAAAACGGGUUUGGUGGGGUACACAGGCGACUCCUCUGAUGACGAGGAAGACAGGGGCACCUCCAGAGCCCCAUGGCCAGGUAACUCUAGGGCAGCUCCCCCCACCUCUGCUCCUCCAGGCUGGACACGGGGCUAUCGCUCCCCCGCUCCACCGCCACCUCGUGCCAAAACACAACCACAGCAGCAGUCUAUACCUUUCUGGAUGGCCCGAUAA